AUGGGGACCGAGUCGAGAUGCACACUUCCCAAAUGCGUGGGAGGUGGCAGUUGGUGCUUGCAGUGUGUGGGUGUUGAUAACUCUGAUAACUCUUCUGAACCACCACUUCCAUCCUCCUCCUCGUCGUCCUCCUCCUCCUCCCUCUCCACUGCCCCAGCGACGGCCGUUCAGACAGCCGUCUCACACAUCACCAACCCCAACACAACAACCGCCACCACCCGCACCUCUCCCGAUCCCAGUGAUGAGGAUCAGGACUGCACCUGCCCUCACUGCGACCGUACCUUCACAUCACGCAUCGGCCUGGUCGGUCACUUGCGUAUCCAUCGCACAGAGACUGGCGAACCAGUGCCAGGAGCACCAACCUACACCCGCCACACUCGCCUCCACUGCCCACAAUGCCACAAUGGCACAAUGGCCACAUGCGCAUCCACGAGAGCGGCAUUGACCGCAGCCUUGACACACCCACCCCGCCGAGCCCCAUUCCCAUUGCACCACCUUGUGCACCCACUAACCACUCCCCAGCCGACAUCGACGCCACCGACCUUACCACCCCUCAGUCCUCCCCUUCCUAAUCCUCUUCUUACUUCACUGCCACAACGACGGCCGCCUCGGCGUCUGUCGCCCACGACUUCACCACAGCCGAACCUGGCACAACAACAGGCACAAGCCCUGCAACCUCCAUCAUCAGACGUGAGGGCCAGGGCUACAUCUGCCCUCACUGCGAUCGCACCUCCACUUCACGCAUCGGCCUGGUCGGUCACUUGCGAAUCCAUCGCACAGAGACUGGCGAACCAGUGCCUGGAGCACCAACCUACACCCACCGCACUCGCCUCUACUGCCCACACUGCCCUCGCACAUUCACGCAUCCCAUGGGUCUAUUCGGCCACAUGCGCAUCCACGACGACCUGCGGUAGACAACCGCCGGUCACACCACACAUUUCCUCACACCCUACCUCCUAA